GACGCAAACUGUUGUGGUAGAAAAUAGUCUUUUGCAUCACCCGCGACAGCAGUAUAUGUAGCGCAUCUUUUACUAUUCACUUUUAGUAACAAAACCCCACACAGACCAGGACUUACAGAGUGUCUGUGGCUAAAGUCGUGCGGGCUGUUUAUGGGCGAGGAACAUCUGCACAAGCAUCAUGACAUCUAAAGGAGGUGGAACUACGCUGACACGUCGUAACUAUAGAUUAGCUUCAGACACAGACAAACCAAAAGCCACAGGCAUUGUAAGUGAGAAGCUCCUGAGUGAUUAUCUUCAUCAUGUUUUUCCUUCCACUUCGGGGCCGGCUGUGGCUUCUCUCAGGAAACCCCUUGGAUUUCAGGAUCUUGGUGCUCAUCUAGAAAGAUUGCUCUGUGAGGGAGAACCCACAGAUGACAGUAAAGAUCAGACUAUUGAAGGACGUUUGGGUCCCCAGCCUGUCGUCCUCGAUCACACCAGUGGGUUUGAGGGUCUAUUGUUUGUUGAUGACGACCUUUUAGGCGUCAUUGGCCACAGCAACUUCAGCUCCAUUCGAGCCACGACAUGUGUUUACAAAGGGAAAUGGGCGUAUGAAGUGCUAAUCUCCUCCCAGGGUCUCAUGCAGAUUGGGUGGUGUACACUCAAUUGUCGCUUUAACCAGGAGGAGGGAGUGGGUGAUACUCCUGACUCUUAUGCAUAUGAUGGAAACAGAGUGCGCAAAUGGAACGUUACAACCACAAACUACGGAAAGUCAUGGGCGGCUGGAGACAUCGUCAGUUGUUUGAUAGACUUGGAUGAAGGAACCAUUACAUUUUGUUUGAACGGGCAAUCUUUGGGAACUGCUUUCACUGAUAUUAAAAUGGGCCCAGGCAUAGCAUACUUUCCUGCCAUUAGUCUCUCCUUUAAAGAGUCUGUGGCUUUUAACUUUGGUAGCAGACCGCUUCGAUAUCCUGUGGAUGGAUACAUGCCACUUCAAAAUCAACCUACGGCAGAUCUGUUGAAAGCGCACAAACUUCUAGGCUACGUCAAAAAUGUUCUGGCUACAGCUCUGGAUUUACAGGAGGAGCGAUUGGUAGAGAAAGACAUUUCACUGUGGAGGCUUAAUGGAAACGCUACAGUCUUAAUAACACUGGCUCACAUAUUCAACCACUUUGCUCCAUUAAUGUGUAAAGUUUACUUGGUGGAGGACGUGCUGAUGAACUUUCUGCUGGGCAUCCUGGAGGGCGGAGGUUCAGUUGAUGAACAUCCACUCAUUCAGCAGCUGCUCGACCUCUUCUGGCUCCUUAUGGAGGACUAUGAAGUCAAUGAGUGUUUGAAGCAGCUGAUGAUGUCGUUGCUGCGGGCCUAUCGUUUUUCCCCCAUUAUACCUGAUCUUGGUUUCCAGAUUCAUUACUUGCGUCUGACCACUGCCAUCCUGCGGCACGAAAAAUCAAGAAAAUACCUCCUGAGCAAUGUGUUAUUCGAUGUGAUGCGUUCAGUUGUGUUUUUCUACAUCAAAACUCCUCUGAGAGUGAAGGAAGCGGGUCUAGAAGAGCUCAUACCAACAACCUGGUGGCCAACGCACUUUGACAAAGAGGGAAAAGAUGAGCGAGAACCCAAAGAUGAAAGUGCAGAUGAGCGACUGAGACGGCGCGCUUACGAGAGAGGCUGCCAGAGACUUAAAAAGAGGAUUGAAGUGGUUGAGGAGUUACAAGUGCAGAUAUUGAAGCUGCUUUUAAAUAACAAAGAUAAAACAACAGGGGAAGCAUCACGAUACAUCUUUCUAAACAAGUUCAGGAAAUUUCUUCAGGAAAAUGCCAGCAACAGAGGGCACCCGACGGCUCUGUGUCCACCUGAGUACAUGGUUUGUUUCCUCCAUCGGCUUAUUACAGCUGUGCGAGCCUGUUGGGACGACAGCAAAAGAAAAACUCCAGGCACCAUUAACAGUGAAGAGGCCUACGUCCCGCCCCAGCUCUUCUACAAUGGGAAGGUGGAUUAUUUUGACCUGCAGAGACUUGGAGGACUCCUCUCCCAUUUGAAGAAGACUCUUAAAGACGACUUGGCCAGUAAAGCUAACGUCAUCAUCGACCCUGCGGAGAUUCAGGCCACUUCUAUGGACGAUCUCGACGAGGACGAGGAGAACGGAGCCGCUCAGAGGCCGUUUGGUGCUGCAGCGAUGGGCGGAGCUCUGGCACGGCCCAGCUGGUUAAGUUCUCCAACACUGGGGAGAGCAAACAGGUUUCUGAGCACGGCUGCUGUUAGUCUCAUGACCCCGAGACGACCUUUUACGCAGCCGGAAAAAGUUAAGGUCCGAACUCUUGCUGUGGAGCAGAGAACUGAGGAGGAUAUCGAGGGAAGCCAUGGUAACGAUGGCCUGUUGCUGGGGAGACCGAUGGAAGAACCCGAGCAGCCAAUCGCAGACAAGUCCCUGCUGGAAAUUGUUGAUGGAAUUGUGAUGAUGUACAAUCUCAGUGUUCACCAGCAACUUGGCAAGAUGGUGGUGGUCUCAGAUGAUGUUCAUGAGUACGCUGUAGCCCUGAAGGACACAGAUGAGAAGAUCGCACGCUGUCCUGUGAGAAGACCAGAUAUUUUGGAGGAGCUGCAGAAAAGCCAGAAGGUUUUUGCAGAAAAGCUGAACCACCUCAGUAGAAGACUGGCCUGGAUUAACGCCACCGUCUACUCAAAGGAGAAGAUGUUGGACAUAUACUGGCUGCUGUGUGUAUGCAUCCGGACCAUUGAACACGCUGACAACACUGGGUCUUUGUUUGCCUUUGCACCCGAGUUCUACCUCAACGUCGCUAUGAACGCGUACAGCGCUCUGAAGAACUACUUCAGCCCCGCCAACAGCAUGGAAGAACUACCAGGUUAUGAGGAAACCCUGACUCAACUCGCUGCUAUCCUCGCUAAGCACUUUGCAGAUCCACGUAUCGUUGGAACAGACAUUAAAGAUUCUCUGAUGCAAGCCCUGGCCAGCUAUGUCUGUUACCCACAAUCCCUCAGGGCAGUGGAGAGGAUUCCGGAGGAACAACGAGUUGCCAUGAUGAGGAACCUGUUGGCUCCUUAUGAACAAAGACCAUGGGCUCAGACGAACUGGAUCCUGGUCAGACUCUGGAGGGGUUGUGGCUUUGGAUACAGGUACACUCGACUGCCUCACCUUCUCAAAACCAAACCUGAGGAUGCCAAUCUUCCCAGUCUGCAGAAGCCGUGCCCAUCGCUGUUGCUGCAGAGACACAUGGCAGAACUGCUGAGCUUGGAUAAGGACAUGGCCGCCUCUUUCCUCAACAGUGUCCUGAACCAGCUCAACUGGGCCUUCUCUGAGUUCAUAGGGAUGAUCCAAGAGAUUCAGCAGGCUGCAGAGCGCCCGGAGAGGAACUUUGUGGACACCCGUCAACUGAAGGUGUGUGCCACGUGCUUCGACCUGUCGGUGAGUUUGCUGCGUGUGCUGGAGAUGACCGUUACGCUGGUACCAGAAAUCUUUUUGGACUGGUCACGUCCAUCUGCGGAGCUCCUCCUUCGACGACUGGCUCAGUUGUUAAACCAGGUGCUGAACAGAGUAACUGCGGAGAAGAACCUUUUUGAUCGUGUUGUAAAUCUGCGACUUCCAGGUCUGGAGAGCGUCGACCAUUACCCCAUCCUCGUGGCUGUUACCGGCAUCUUAGUCCGAAUUCUAGUGGAUGGAGAGAGACAAGGGACAUCACGAGCUGCCUCAGUCCUGCUCUGUGACCCCUGCUUCCAGCUCCACUCCAUCCAGCACCUCUUAGGGGAGGGAGGGGAGUCCUCCUCCUCCACAGCCGUGACCUCCACCUCUCUGCCUGUGGUGGGGUCUUUGAGCCCCUCUGUCACUCCCCCUGCAGCCACAGCACCUGGCUCGACAGAACGCAAGCACUUUUCUCUUCAUGCAUAUACAGACUACAUCAGUGACGAGGAAAAGCAUAAAGUGGAGCUGAUGUUGACGUUCCUCACUGAAGAAUCCAAACAAGCCGCUGCCAGUACUGCACCGACCAGUGAAGAAGACCUCUGCCCGAUCUGCUACGCUCACUCCAUCUCUGCCAUUUUCAAGCCAUGUUCCCACAAAUCCUGCAAAGCCUGCAUCAAUCAACAUCUGAUGAACAACAAGGACUGUUUCUUCUGCAAAGCCACGAUCACAGGAGUCGAGGACUACAGCAAACCUCAAGGAUCCUAACAGACAUAGAGACACACACAGACACACAGAGACACACAGAGACAUAGAGACAUGCAUAGAGACACACGGAGACACACACACACACACAGAUCUAUAGGACGUGUACAGUUCACUCCAAACUCAGUUAUGAAAAGCACUUCUCUCUGACAUAUCAAUAAACCCAAAGAUUUUACACGUCUGU